AUGGGCAAGUCGCAGUCAAAGUUAUCCCCGAGCCAGCUUGAAGAGCUUCAGAAAGCGACGCAUUUCGACAAAAAGGAGUUGCAGCAAUGGUAUAAGGGCUUUCUGAAGGAUUGCCCGUCCGGGCAAUUGACGAAGGAGGAGUUCCAGGACAUCUACCGAAAAUUCUUCCCCUUCGGUGAUCCGUCGUCAUUCGCGAAUUAUGUAUUUCGGGUCUUUGAUUCAGAUAACAGCGGCAUGAUCGAUUUCAAAGAGUUCAUCUGCGCGCUGUCGGUUACCUCGCGUGGGAGGAUGGAGGACAAGCUGGACUGGGCCUUCCAACUCUACGACAUUGACGGCGACGGGAAGAUCACAUAUGACGAGAUGCUGGCGAUUGUCGAGGCGAUCUACAAGAUGGUUGGCUCGAUGGUGAAGCUCCCCGAGGACGAGGAUACACCAGAGAAGCGGGUUCGCAAGAUCUUCCGGAUGAUGGACAAGGACGAGAACGGCAGCCUCGACAUGGAAGAGUUUAAAGAGGGGAGCAAGCGCGACGAGACGAUUGUCAGUGCGCUGUCGCUGUAUGAUGGACUGGUAUAA